UGAAUGUAUAUUUAAUACAAAAAAAUUUUUCAAAAUAAAUCUAUUGAAAAUUCAUAUAUUUGAGAAAUGUAGUUUAUAAUUGACAUGCAAAGUACUUUUAUUACAUUAACAUGUCAGUGCAUAUUACGUUUACCGCUCAAAUUGUUGUAUUGGCAUAAAAAUGAGAGAUAUAAUUCAUAUAAUUUUAAUAUAUGUUAUCAAGGCGAAUUCAUAGCUGAAUGAUUUAAAAUAAAAAACAUACGUAAGAAAAGAUUUUUAAAUUGAAGUGUGGAUGAUAUAAGUACAUUAUUAUUUAUAAAACGCCAAAUCGUGAAAGAAGAUGAACACACCACAAUCAAAUAAAAAAAAAGGCAGAAGUAGAAUUGGUGUUAAUAAUGAUAACACUAGUCCUGCGAACACUGAAGCAUUAAGUACACAAGAAACAUCAAAAUUUGUUUUGGUAAAUCCUAUUGGUGAAGAUGCAAAUAAGAUAUUUAAAAUUGGAAUCACAGAUUCAAUACCUAUUAUUUCUUUGGAAAGAAAUAAUUUUGAUGAAAAAAAUAUUCAAAAAGGAUAUAUCGCACCAGAUAAAGAUAAAGAAGAGAAAAACAUCCUUAACUCUUUACCUGUAGCUAUGGUAAAAGAAAUAGAUGAAUAUGAACAACAGUUAGGCGAAGCUGAAGCACUUCCAAAUUCAUAUAUUAGAUUUAUGGAACGUAGUGGUGAAGAACUUGAUGGAGAAGUAGAAUAUGAUUUAGAUGAAGAAGAUACUGCAUGGUUAUCAAUAGUAAAUGAAAGAAGAUUAGCUUCAGGGCUUAAUCCACCUUUAGAACCUGAUACAUUUGAAUUAUUAAUGGAUAGAUUAGAAAAAGAAUCUUAUUUUCAACAACAAAGUAAUGGUGGUGGAGGAAUAGCAGCUGAUGAAGAUGCAGUUUGUUGUAUUUGUAUGGAUGGAGAGUGUCAAAACAGUAAUGCUAUACUAUUUUGUGAUAUGUGCAAUCUUGCUGUUCAUCAGGAUUGUUAUGGUGUACCAUAUAUUCCUGAGGGACAGUGGUUAUGUAGGAGAUGUUUGCAAAGUCCAUCACGAGCAGUUGAUUGUGUUUUAUGCCCUAAUAGAGGUGGUGCUUUUAAACAAACUGAUCGCCCAGCUACAUGGGCUCAUGUUGUGUGUGCUUUGUGGAUACCAGAAGUCAGAUUCGCCAAUACUGUAUUUCUGGAGCCUAUUGAUAGUAUAGAAAGCAUACCUGCUGCACGUUGGAGACUUACAUGCUGUGUAUGUAAACGUAGAGGAUCAGGUGCUUGUAUUCAAUGUCACAAAAGUAAUUGUUAUGCUGCAUUUCAUGUAACAUGCGCACAACAAGCUGGUUUAUGUAUGCGUAUGAGGACAGUGCAACCUACAAAUGGAGAACCAAUGUUAGUUCAAAAAACAGCUUAUUGUGAAGCUCAUACACCAUCAGAUUAUCAACCUUCCACUAAUCCUGCUGAUGCAAGACGAAGAGCAAUUGCAAAUAAAAAAAGCUCUUCUGCUCCUGUUAUUUCUAUUCCAACCAUACCACCGGAACGUAUUAAGGAAAUUGCUAGCUUAGCUGAAGGGUUGCCUAAACGAAGUCAACUGAUACAGCGUCUUAUAGCAUAUUGGACUUUAAAACGACAAUACAGAAAUGGUGUACCACUUCUCAGAAGACUUCAGAGUUCACACCCACAAUCUCGACCACCACCACUUGGAGAAAAUUCUUCACCACCACCAGACAGUGAAUUACGUGGAGAAUUGUAUCGUCAAUUAAAAUAUUGGCAAUGUUUACGUCAAGAUCUUGAGCGGGCUCGAUUACUUUGUGAAUUAGUACGCAAACGAGAAAAGUUGAAAAAAGAAUUAUUCAAAGUAAAAGAAAAAUGUUUAUGGUUCGAAUUACGUCCACUAGAAAGUAUUUUACGUUCAUUGUUAGAAGCAAUUAAAAUGAAAGAUAUAAAUGAUGUAUUUGGACAACCUGUGAAUACUAAAGAAGUUCCAGAUUAUUUAGAAAUUGUAUCUCAUCCUAUGGAUUUAUCUACUAUGCAGACAAAAAUAGAAAGACAAGAAUAUGAUACUAUUGGAGCUUUUGAAACAGAUUUCAAUUUGAUGGUGAAUAAUUGUUUAGCUUAUAAUCGCAAAGACACUAUGUUCUAUCGAGCUGGAAUAAAAAUGAAAGAACAAGGUGGUGUUCUUAUAGAACAAGCUCGUAAAGAUUAUCCUGAAUUAGAUCCUGGUGAAAAUGAGCAAACAGUUUCUAAAUCCAGAAAAAGGGAUCGUAAUAAUAGAAACCGUGGAGAAAUUGAAUUACAGUCUGGAGAAAAAGAAAUAGGAGGAGGAGGUGUGAAUAGAAGAACAGCAGUUCUUUUCACUCGCAAAGCAAGAGCAAGAGCCAGUAGAAGUAAUCAAAUGUUCAGUUUGGAAGAUGACAAAAAAAAACAAAGUGAUAGUUUUAAGAUUUACAGAAGUGGAACAAUGGACAGUGAUGUGGGAGAAGGUGAAAGUCAAUCAUCGAGUUGUAGCAGUUGUUCAACAAGUAGGUCCACUACUCCUGAUUUAGAAGAAGAAAAACAGAGACAACAAGAAGCAAAUGAAGCAAAAAAAGAACUGGAAAGCAAGGAAAUAAUCGCCAAUAAUGGUCUAGAAGCUCUUCAGCUUGUAUGGGCUAAAUGCCGUGGUUAUCCCUGGUAUCCAGCUCUUAUAAUAGAUCCUAAUACUCCUAGAGGCACUGUACAUAAAGGUGUACCAAUACCAGCACCACCAGAUGAUGUAUUAGCGCUUGCUGUUAAUUAUAAAGAACCAGUAUUUCUCGUUCUUUUUUUCGAUACCAAAAGGACAUGGCAAUGGCUACCAGGAGAAAAAUUAGAAAAACUUGGAGUUUCCCAAGAAUUGGAUGAAGCAAAACUAAUUGAAUCUCGAAAACCCGCGGAUAGAAAAGCUGUUAAAAAAGCGUAUCAAGAAGCACUCCAUUAUCGUAAACAAACUCAUAAUACAUCGUUGAAUACCGUAUCAACCAGUUAAUUAAUUCUGGUCUAAUUAACAUAAAUUCUAAUAAAAUAUUAAUUAUUAAUCGUAAUUAUAAGGUAGUACUUUUUAAAAAUUUGUAAGUAUGUAAAAAGUAUGUAAUAUUUUGAAAUAUGAAAAUGUAACUUAUAGAUUUAUCUUUGAGUCACAUUUUUUUCAUAAUUUAUAUUUUUAAAUAAUGACUGAAAU